GCUUCAUUCUGUCGGUACCAUGAUCUAUUUUGAAUCUGCUAACACGUGUUUCUUUACCGAUACAGAAAAUUUCGCCCCUUUGAAGAUGUUGCCAUCGAUUUUCCGUCGGUUUGGCGCUGAAAGCUGUAGGUUUUGCAGAAACUCGGCUGCCUCAAUUCUAAUGGGGGCGUGAGACAUCUCCCUGCUCACCUUUGGUUACAGCAAGUUUAAACCUUGUAUAAACCAGUUAAAUUUCGUUUAACUAGAGCCGUGGAAUCGGGCCUAUGUGUAAUCAGCUGGAAACGUCAUCUGGAAUUGCAGACUAUAAAAUCGAAAACAGGGACGACUCAACUAAGUCACAAAGAUGGUUCCUGAAGAUUCUAUCAUAGUACUAUUUUCGAGUUAAAUCUCUUUCAAGCUUCGUGACGGCUCUGUAAGCGUAAAAUGUACGACAUGUAUAUUACAAUAUUAGUAAAGAUAAUUCGGCAAUUACUAAUUUCGCAAAGUGUUUGUGGAUAAAGUAAAAACGUAAUACCGUCUUUUUGGAACCAUUACGAUAGAUCUCACGACGUCCCUUUUCUCUUUGAUGACACUGUGAUCAAGUUUAACUUGAAUAUUUAUAUUAUCAUUAUUCUUGUUUUACAUUGAGAAACACAUUCUCAAUCAUCUCCUGAAUUUUUGCAGCAAGCUGGUAACAACUUCGGGAGUUCAAAUGACUUUCUUAUUCUACCUGUGAAUGUUAAAUAUCAAUAUUUAUAUUUAUAUUCACUGUGUAUUGGAAAAACGACUCAAGGAAAAUCUCAAGAUGGAAGAUGAUAAGAAAAUCUUCCAGCCAUGGCCCUAUAUGAAUUUAAUUUCAAUAGUUACAUCUAUUGCAACAAAAUUGGCAACAGUCGGUAUUAUAUGGGGAUGGGGUUAUAUGAAUUGGAACAUUGCAUGGUUGGUCGCACCUGUUGUUGUUAGUGUUUUUCAUGGUGAACGUAGUAAAGACAGGGUAUUGAGAAGACUUACAGCUCAAGCUACAGUUAUGGCAAAGGAAAAACAUAUAAUAAUGAGUAGAAUGGAUGAAUUACCAUCCUGGGUCUAUUUUCCAGAUUUCGAUAGAGCAGAGUGGUUGAAUAGGAUUCUUUAUAAGGUGUGGCCAAGCAUGAAUCAUUAUGUGCGCACAAUGUGUAAGCAAACGAUUCAACCUGCAAUUGUUGAACGUCUAUCUGAAUACAAGAUGAAAGGAUUCCAAUUUGAAAGACUAGUAUUAGGCCGAAUUCCACCAAAAGUGUGUGGAGUAAAAGUUUACAGCACAAAUACUUCAAGAAAUGAAAUAAUUCUAGAUAUGGAUCUUCUAUAUGCUGGAGAUUGUGAUGUAAACUUUACUAUUGGAAACCUCAGAGGAGGAAUUAAGGAUUUUCAGAUACGUGGAAUGAUACGUGUGGUUAUGAAACCUAUGAUAUCUGUUAUGCCAUUAAUUGGUGGUUUACAAAUAUUUUUUUUAAACAAUCCUGCUAUUGACUUCAAUCUAGUUGGAGCAGUCGACGUACUUGAAUUACCUGGUUUCAAUGACAUUUUACGGAAAACAAUUUUGGAGCAAGUUGCGGCAAUUGUCGUCCUACCAAAUAAACUUGUAAUACGAUUGAGUGAAGAAAUACCUCCUGAAAUAUUAAAAACUCCAGAGCCAGAGGGGGUCCUUCGCAUUCAUGUAGUUCAAGCAAAACACCUUAUGAAAAAAGACAUUGGACUAUUGGGUAAAGGCAAGUCUGAUCCUUAUGCUAUUAUCACAGUCGGGGCUCAGGAAUUUCGGACUAAAACUAUUGACAACACAGUGGAUCCAAAGUGGGAUUAUUGGUGUGAGUGUGCGGUGACAUCGUCCAUCGCUCAGCAACUGACUAUACAUAUUUGGGACUAUGAUGGCACAAAGGAGGAUGAGAGUUUAGGAAGGGCCACCGUUGAAGUUAGUCGGGUGCAGAAGAAAGGAACAAUUGAUACUUGGGUUGCUUUAGAAUUCGCCAAACAUGGAAUGGUGCACCUACGUCUCACGUGGUUGAAACUCUCCACUAACAUUGCGGAUCUCCAGACUGCUUUACAUGAAACUCAGAAGUUACAAGUCUCAUCAUUAAGUACAGCUAUACUUAUUCUUUACAUAGACUCUGCAAAGAGUCUUCCUUGUCUGCAGGGUAGUAAACAACCCGAUGUUUAUCUUGAAGCAAGUGUAGACAGUAAAAAGCAAAGAACCGUUACAAUACCACGAUCUUGUGAUCCAGUUUGGGAACAUGGAUUUACAUUCUUAGUUACUAAUCCAGAAACCAGUGUUUUACAUAUAAAGGUUUGGGACGAGAAGUCUGGAACAGUUAUUGGCACCAUGAGUUAUAAUUUAUCCCUCGUCAUGAGAAAGGAUAAUCUCGAGGUUACACAACAGCCUUACAAUUUACAGGAUGCACAGUCUAAGAGCAAACUUGUACUUUCAAUGAUGUUGCGUAUUCUCAGAUACGAAGAUCCUGAGCCUACUACCGAAGAAGACAACGAUGACGAUCAUGAUAUCAACGAAUUGAACAAGCGGAUAGAGCGACAAGAAUCAAACAUUAGCAACACUGCGUCUAAUAGUGUUCCUCCUAGUCCUUUACAGAAACAACCAUCAAAGGAAUCUGUCAAUUGUUUAGCAAGUGGCAUAAUAUCAACUGACGAGACAAUGAAUUCUACAACUAAGGCUGAUGAAUUGGUGCUUGCAGAAAGAGAUACAAUAAUUUCGACAGUGUCAACAGAAGCAUCUGCAAGUCCAGGCGUUAUACACAGAAAUCCAAGCAUUACAUCAUCAUCAGGGGCAUCAAAACUUGGAAGGAUUCAAUUGACACUUCGGUACACUGCUUCGAGACAGACACUUGUUGUUGUUGUCCACAAAAUUGCCAAUUUGCCUCUCCCAUUGAAUGAUCCAACUGAUGUGCCAGAUCCUUACGUUAAGCUAUAUUUGAUGCGAGGUCAGCACAAGGAAUUGAAGCGCAGAACUGCAGUUAUCAGUAACAAUUGUAAUCCAGUGUUUGACGAACAGUUGGAAUUUGUUAUUCCACGAUACGAUUCUGAUAAUCGCACGCUAAAAGUUUCUGUGUGUACACAGAAAGGUUUUCUUUCAUCUGGCAGUAAUGUAAUUGGUCAAGUUCAUUUAAACUUGUCUGAAAUGGAUUUAGUCCGUCCAGUAACCAAUUGGUACGAUCUCUCACCUAAAAAUAAAGACUAGAAAAAAAAGAAAGGAGGAAAAAGGAGGUUAACAUGGCUUUGUAGACUCUUUGCGAAGCAGCCUCCACAAGUUCCUUCUUAAACAAAAAUAUUUUCGACAUAUGUUUUUAAAAAAUGAAAGUAUUACAUUAUUCAGAACGUCGAUGUUAAGUGAGAGGCUAAUUACUUUGAAGCUAACACUGCGCACGUCACGGUGCCAUUCAGGUAUAUUAUUUAUUAACAGUUUAUCAGUAGUUAUGCGUGACGCAGAGUAACUUAAAUAUGGUGCUAAUAGAAAUCAUUCGUUCUUAUAAAGGCGAUAAUUAAAUUUACAGUUGAUUAUUAAAUAUGUACAUUGAGAUUGUUCAUAGUCUAUGCAUAAACAUUUUAUUUACUACAUUUAUCAUAGUGUUUUUUGCAUCUGAGAUUUAUUUAUAAACUCAGUAAAUAUUUGUAAUUAAAUCUAUUUUAGGUACCGUGAAGUCAUAUAUUAGGUUCUACGUGCUUGCAUAAUACUACUUAUAGAACUGCAUUUGCCUUUGUUAAUACUUUUUCAAGUUGCAUUUACGCUGCUUAGCUAUCUAGUGAGGUUAUGUAUAUGUAUAUUCGUGCACAUAACUAAUUACAAGUGGGUAAUUUGUUACAGUUCAUCUUGAAACAAAUAUAAAAGUUCAAUUUAAUCAUUAAUCUUAAAGGAGAUUUCUGGUAAUGUGUUGCAAUGAAUCAGCACAUAAUUAUUUGAAAGAAAUUAUUUAACCAAUAUUUGAGCAAAUUUACUGCACUUUUUAUCAAAUGUUAUAGUAAUUAUCAACGAGGAAUUAAUAGAGUACUUUAAGACAUUGAGCGUACUAAAAAGAAAUACUUAUAUUGCCAAACAUUUUCUAUAACUAAAAAAAAAGUCGCGUUUCAACUAGCUAAUGACUAUAAUUAAGUCACCAGAUUUUAUAGAAGCAUUAUAUUUAUUCAAGAUUUUUGCUAUUUCUAUACAAUCGCAUAAUAUGGCCGGACAUAAUAUAGGAUAUGAGUGUACAAACUGUUAACUAAAAUAAAAACAGCACGAGAGUUUUAUUACA